AGCAAGAGAGAGGAAAAGAGCUCUCUAGAAGUGGAUUUGAAAAGUCGGAAGCUCGUCGGAAAAGUUGUGGCUGUCGCCGGAAAGUAGGCAACGAUUUUAACCGGCCGGAAGAAAAAGUAUGGUGGAGAGUUGGCAGCGGGCUCAGAUGUACAAAGCAGCGGUGAAGGGUGAGUGGAAGACGGCGGAAGAAAUGGAAAGGCUGUACCCGGGAGCUCUGUCCAUGGUAAUAAGCGACACAACUAUGGAAACGCCUCUCCACAUUGCCACUAGAGCCAUGAAGGCUUCUUUCGUUGAGAAGUUGGUGCAGUGCCUCGGCGAGCACGAGUUGGCCUCUAAAAACAGAUACGGCAACACUGCCCUCUGCAUCGCCGCCGCACAAGGCGCUGUGGAUAUUGCCAACAUACUGGUCCACAAGUGCAAAGCUUUGGCCCUCAUUCGCGGCUCUGGAAACUCAACCCCACUUUUGAUCGCCGCCAGGUACAAGCGCAACCACGUGGUCUCCUAUCUCCUCUCCAAGACCCCCGCCCAUGGUUUCUUGACCAUUCACGAGCAAAUGGAGCUCCUCCUUGGUGCCAUCUCUUCAAGUCUGCCUACAAAUGAGGGGAGUGUUAAAAUAUGAAUUAAUAAAUUAAUACUCAAAUUA